AUGGAUCUUCUUCGCCAGUACAAUUUCAAAAUCGCCGAUGCAUCACCAGAGUAUCUUGAAAGGCGGAAGAAGCAAGCUGUUCUUUUCAUGACCGCAGCGGCUGUGACCAUUUUCACUUCUCGAUUUGCCUACAAGUCCACCAUCACCCGCCAGUAUAUUCCCACCCUUUUUCAAGGAAAUCACCUGCCUCCUCUUGGAUACAACUUUACAUCGGAUGCUGCUGUUGCUGUUGGAACUGGAACAAUGCUUUGUGCGUCUGUUUCUUCUAUGAUAUGCUUUGGAACGUGUUGGGUUCUUGAUGUCUCGACCUUCCGUGAGUUUGGAUGGAAGAUGAAGUCGCUCAUGGGUGGGACCCAGAAAGAACAAGAGUUGGCAGACAUGCCAAUGGACGAGGAUAGCGCAUACAUUCAAGACGGCUUGAAUGAUAUUUUGGAUGGCAAGGUGGAGCUCAACUUCGACGACGAGUGA